AAAAAACUAUUAUCUAUGAGGAAUAGGGUAAAUAAUGUUUAUAAAAAGAGUGUAAUAAUCCAAUUAUAGGCGAGAGAGAGUUUGGGUAUGAGGAGAUCAAUGGGAGAGUGGAGGAGUUGUUGUUUGCUGUUAUCAUUUGAUGCUCAAACUGGAAGGAAACCUCUUCAUUCUGUUGUUUCUAUCCUUCACUUUACAACUAAUUAAUCCAAUCAAACAGACAGAGAGACUCUAAUCUCUCUUUUUGCUUUACGCAAUCAAUCUGGAAUUGGUAGAUCAACCACUGUUGCUGUGUUUGAUCGUUUCACGUCUCUCGCUAUUUGGCCUUGCUUGAAUUCACUUCCAUCAUCGUCUCUUCUUUUUUCGCCCUUUUCACUGGGCUGCCUUUCUCAUGGCCUCUGCAACUACACCAUCAUAUAUAUGUCCAUGGGUUGAUCUUUUUGUUUACCUGAUUUUCAUCAUUUGAAUUUGGUAUGGAUUGAUCAUAUAAUUUGAACUAUGGACUUGCAUAGUAAUUCUCAUACGGAAUCCGGGAAACUGGAGCAAAUUGUCUCUCAGUUUCUAUUGAAGAGCUUGCACAUCAUUUUGGACUCUAGAAUUCCUUCUUUUCAUCAGCAUGAUCGUAAUCUUGACUUUCAAAGUCAAUCCAGUUCUGGGGUUAGAAAGAGUGACAAAUGGUUCAAUUUAGUUUUAGGAGAUCGUCCACCACCUUUAGAUAACUUGAACUUCUGGCAAAGAAAUCUAAUGGACCCAAUGAUAAUCGACAUAAUACUUGUUCAUGGAGGGGCUAAUUCUUCAUCAGUGGACAAUCUGUACACUUCUUCAUCUGAGGGGAAAACUGUUGAAACAGUUAUAGAAAGGUGGAUAGUUCAGUAUAAGACCCUCCGCGUUAUGGCUCCCCAAGCUGUGGAAAGUUCUGCCUCUUAUAAGAAGACAUAUAAGAAGUCAAUCAUACUUUUACGUUCUCUUUAUUCACAAAUGAGGCUUUUUCCAGCUUAUCGGAUUUUUCGGCAACUAAGCUCAUCUACUCAAACAUGUAAUUUUGAUAUCAUCUAUAAGGUUUCUUCACUUUGUGAACCAUUUUCUAGGUUAGAGGGGGAAACAAUGAAAGAAUACAGUUUUGUUCCUGUAGAUGCCCUUCCUGGCCACCUUUCUAUAUUGGUGACUUAUCGUCCAUCACUAUCUGAUUUUAACCUUGAGACUAUGGCAACAUUCCCGCCAAAGAUCAUAACAGAUUAUGUUGGUAGCCCUACCACCGACCCUCUCAGGUCUUUUCCUUCUUCAGAGAAAGGAAUUCGUGCUACAUCCUUUCCGUUAAGAGGAUUACGGCCACCCAAUUCUACUCCUUUCCAACGUCCACAUAGCUGGACAAGUGGCUUCCACAGAGGUGCUCCUUUUACGGUGAACCAACCCUUUGGUGGAUCUCCUCCUGCAUAUCGUGCAUCUACCAUGCCAUAUGAUUUUCCAUCUCCUCCUGCAGAUACUCAUGGUUAUAGAGUUCAGAGCUUUAGACCACCAACUCAUCAGAAAGCUACUGUUUAUGAUGAGUAUCAGCUGUCACCUCCAUUCUCGCCAUCUAUGUCCCCGUCCACCCCGACAUACUUCCCCAAUAUUAAUCGUGUGCAGACUCAUAAUACUUCAGAAACUGCCCCUGUUACUAUCCCCCUUCCAAUGACUGGCAGAAGUUCUAGAUACACUUCUCCAAACUUUUCUGACCCAAGUAAAAGUUCACUUCCACCAUUAUCUCCUAGGAGCACAAGGCAUGAUCUUUCAUCCCAGGAGUCUCCAUCUGGAAUACAUUCAAUCAAGAGAUUAGAAGCUUUAAGGGCUGGAGAGUUAAACUCUGGCAUAACAAAUCAUUAUUCUGGUCAUAAGAUUCUCAAAGAUGCCAAAGAUGAUUCAGGGCGCUUCUCAGGAUUGUUAUCUUCGAGUGGAUCACCACGAAUCGGAUUUUCUAGAAGUUCUAGUAGAUUAUCUUUCCAGGAUGACUUGGAUGAUGGUGACUUUUCAUGUCCUUUUGAUGUUGAUGACGUUGAUACAUCAGAUUCACCUACCAGUCAAAACUUUGAUGGGAAUAGGAAUUCGGGGUUCACCCCACAAUCUGUGCUAAUGGGCAAAAAAUCUCAAGAUGCUGCAGUUGGUGUUCUUGUGCGCAUGCUGAGAACAGCACCUCCUCUGCGUCAAGAUCCAAGUUGUUACUCAUCCCAUUCUAUGAGGACUGACUUAGAUGAAGGGAUUGCCACAGCUUCUGGAUUCUUUAUGCCUCGAAAGAUAGCAGAUGGACUAGAAGAGCUUAGGAGCUAUAGAGAAAUGAAAGAUCUACUGCUAUCUAAGAGUGGAACUCGGAUCUUCAGUAAAGAAGAAGCAUAACCACAGCUACUUUUUAUGGAUUUACAGGGGCAAUAUAGAUGAUGUUGGACACCAUACUAACCCGUGUUCGUUAUCAAAGAAGCUUCGGAGUUAUACACAAAUGAAAGAUCUACUAGUAUUUAAGAGCGGAACUCGGAUAUUCAGUGAAGAAGAAGCUUAACAGCAGCUACUUUUUGUGGGUUCAUGUUUUAUGAUAGACAGGCCAGAGUUACAAAGGGCAAUAUUGUAGAUGAUGUGGAAUACUGUACUUAUCUGUGUUUGUUAUAAGAGAACCACAACUCAGCUGAUCUAUAAAUAUCCUGACAGACAAUUUUGUUUAGAUAUUUAACAAUUAUGUACAUAUUGUGAUUGAAAAUUUGUUAUCUAAAUUUAUCCAUAGAUUUUAGUGGCUGCUGAUGUAUUCUUUCUAUCUGUAAUGUGCACUGGUGGGCUCAUUCAAAAACUGGGUGAGAGCUGUACCAUGUUUGCAAUUUCACAAACUAUGUUUAAUAUAGAGCUUGUUUUGUAAA